GCUCCUCAAUCGACAUCUCACAACUCACGUCCCCUGUUGCUCUCCGCUUUUUAUCGCUCCAGAACUUCACUCCUCAAGCGGACCAGCGUUUUUCAGAAAUGAAGCCAUCAAGGGUUUUCCGAAGCUACGAAGACCCAAUACAAGUGUGACCAGAGAGAGGUUCGAGUCUGCUAUGUCCGUUUUUCAGCCGAGCAUGUAGCAAGGAGGAGGAGAAUUCUUCGAUUCGAUCUUUUUUGUGCAAGGCCGCCCAACGAUCCCCGGUUAUCGUAUAGCUGCAAUCGAUUAUCAAGCAACUCUUUCUACAUUCAAAAUUAUACCAGAUUAGCUUGAAUCAGGCAUUGAAAACAUAAUACGCCCAUUCUGCUUUGCAUAUAGCCAAAACGGGCCUGGUUCACCAAACCAAUGGCCAGGUCGAGGUCGUUAAUAUGCUGUUAAACAUAUCUGUCAAUCGGGAUGUGUUGAAUCGCUACAAGCAGACUCCAUUGAUGGUGGUUGGAAUGCAUGGAAAGAUCACCUGUGUCCAGAAGCUCAUCGAAGGUGGGGCUAAUGGACAAUGAUUGUUUUGGCUGAAAUGGUUGACUCAGUUGAAUUUCUGGAUUGGAAAAAUCCUUUGGCUAACAGCUAUUUCAGCCAAACGGAGUCUUGGUCUUUAUGGAUUGAUUUGUUAUGGAGGACUCUCUAAUCUUGAUGGUUGAAUCACAAAAUGUGUGGGAGUUUGCCAGAUUUGUAAAUGUAAGAGAUGGUAAGGGAGCAACACCUUUGCUCUUGGCUUCUUGCCAAAGGCGACCUGGUAAUGUUCGUUUGUUGUUGACCAAUGGAGCUUUGGUCUGUACAUCAACUGGCGGAUAUGGGUGAUCCUUGAAAACUAUAUUUUUUCAGUUUUUGGUUUAUCUCUUUUUCUUUGUAAUUUUAGACCGAGAUGUUAGAGUGUGUAAUAACAGUUUUCCAGGCAGCACUCCUCUGGAUUUGGCUGCAAAAGGGGGAUCUCUUGAUUCCAUUCGUGAGUUGAUGGCAUGGGGUGGCGAUAGAAUCCAAAGAGAUGUCUCUGUGUUCCGUAGUCAGGGGCCGGAGAUUUUUCUUUGAUUCUUUCCUUCGUAGUUGCGACUUUUAACUUUGGUUCUUACCUGCUUACAGGUGGAUUUGUGCAUGAACAUUGUCUGGGGGCAGGGAGACUUCAUUGCCUUUUACAUGGAUGAGCACAAACAGAACUAGGUUGUUGAGCAGCAGAGUUUGAGAAGCUGGUUAUUGAGUAUAAUUUUUCCAAGUUCAGAGAUGCUUCUUCUUGGGGCUCUUUCGGCCUUGCCAGCCAACACUUUUAGUUACCUGCUAGAGGCGGUGAGGAAGCGUUAAUGGCAGCUGCCUUAUAAGGGAAGUGCCCAAUGCACAUGGCAGCUAGGUUAUCAGAAAAUCGUCAGAGACAAAGGACUGAUGGGUCUUUACAGAGGUCUGGGAGCAAGUUCUUUGAAAGUGAUACGUUCUUCAGGGAUAACUAGGAUGUUCUAUGAAGCUUGAAAGGAUGUAUUGAUCUGGGAGUGAAAAUCCUCUCCUUAAUAGCACUACAAUCACAAAAAGUAAUAUCCCGCAGCUACAAUCGCACCUCGACCGCAGCUAUUCAUGUAGUUGUGUUUCACGAACCAGUUUUUGUAUCAGUGAACAUGGCCGAUAACAAAGUGCAUUCAGAUUCGCCAUAACACCCACUCUCAGAUUUUCAAUUCAAACUUCUUUUACCGCAAUCAUCUUGGAUGGUUUUAUUAGAACACCCCAAAGGAUUUUUCUUCUUCAAAUUACUCACAUCAACGAGGUCAGUCUAAUUCCACCAUACUGAAAAUCGACAUGCCGAAACUGGCUCAGCUGUUCUAUAUCCAUGAGAAUGAAAUGAUACAUUGCACUUAUGCAUAUUUUGACCUGUGCUAUUUGAGAAAGAAUGCUGGUGGCAAAUGUUUCGAUUGCAAGGUGUUUGUUAUAAUUCCUCAAUGAAAAAUGUCUUGAUAUGAUGCCUAAAUUCUAGGAUUUUAGAAGCUAAUGCAUAUUUAUUAAUAUGGGAUAGCAUAAAUUAAUAAAUUGAUGCUAAUUCAUUUGUUAAGGAAACGAUAUAACAAACAUGGUAAAUAGUAUGGCUCUAAUUCUCAAUAUCAAGUUAAUUUUUUAGGAAAAAUUGAAAAUAAUAAUCCCAACUAUUGCCGGUCCGCUGAAAAUAAUCCCAACUAUUGAUUAUUGCUGUAUAGUCCCAACUAUAUAGACUAUCCGCCAAUAAUGGUCCAUGACCAUAUAUUACCUCUAUAAAAAGUGAAUUUUAAAUAGAAAUUAAGCGUAAAAAUUAAAAGUUGAGAUUAUUUAUAGGGAUUACUUGUUAUAUCUCAUCUCAUCCACUUUAGAAACUACAAGAAUUUAUACAUAGGGACCAUUAUUGGCGGAAGAUCCCUAAAGUUGGGAUUAUUCUGUAAUAAUCAAUAGUUAGGAUUAUUAUGAGCGGACCGCCAAUAGUUGGGAUUAUUACUAUCAUUUUUUCCAAUUUUUUAUGAAUUGAACAAAUAUCGAAAAUAGAUUUGUAUAGUUUGAGCUUUUCUUUGGUUUUCUUCACUACUUCUCUUUAUAUUUUAUUCUCCUCACAUUAAAUGGGAUCCACGAAUACCUUAUCAGAGAUUAUUGAAAUUAUUGAGAAAGGAAAAGCUCUCAGAAAGAACUUCCCCUUCAAGGUUCUAAAAAGGGUCUAUUUUAAAAAUAGGUAGUCUAAAGAAUCAGUUUUAAAAAUAUGCAACUUUCAUAUGCAUUCAUGUUCUCAACUAUUUUUCCGCCUAACAAUGAGUGUGUUUAAAAAAAGCAAGUUUUAACAAUUUAUAGUUUUUGUUUAAGGAAACGAAAUGAUGAACCAUUUUUUUUUUCUGAAUUGAGAUUUUGGAGAGGAAGUUAUUAAACUGAUUUUUAUAGGCUAAUGAGUUGAUGUAUUCUAAUUUUUUGUUUUAAAUUCAAGCCCUAAUCAAAUCUAAUCACAUCUCUAAAAUAGAUUCCUUUAAUUCUCCUAACAAAAUUUAAAAAUAAUAUCUAAAAUCGAUUUGUUUAGUUUGAAUCUUUCUUUGAUCUGACGAAAGAAUCAUUUAAAUCAAUUUUUACACAUGAAAAAGUAGGUUUGGUCAGGGUUGGCCCCUCUACCUAUACUCUUGGUAGUUAUGAGUACACAUUUUAGGUUCAGUGCAAUUUUUUGUUAAGUUUAGUUUUAACGGGUUGGGUGGGGAGUCACUUAAUUGUCUUUUGUUAGGCUGAAAAAUCAAGAUCAACACAUUUCAAGUGAAUAAAGCAAAUCCAAGAACCCUCUAUGAGAGUAGUACAAUCCAAUUAAUUGUGUGUUCUUUACACUAUCAUAUUUUCUUCCUCAACAUUUGCUCUAGAUCAAAUAAAUAUUCCCAUUUGCCUAUUCCCAUUUUCUUCCUCUUUGUGACUUUACUUGCAUAUUCCAAAUUUCAGCUUUGUUACGUUGGAUUUGCUGUGACAUUUGUGUCUUAAUCACUUUUGUAGCAACAUUGAUACUCUUUUUCAUAAAAAAACAGAAAGGUAUAGAGCAUAGAAGUGUUUUGUGAACAUGUUCCAAAGAGUAUGCAUAUUCAUGUAAGUACUCCGUUUUUUAAAAUGAACACAUGUAGUUUGUAUCAUUAAAUGGGAAUGAGUCAAGCCAUGCACUCAAGUUAAAUAGUGUAAAAAAAUAAAAAAACUAAAACACUUGACAAUGAUAAAGUUACAUUUAAUAUUAUAAAUUGUAGGGAGAGACUGAGACCAUUUUGUCUGGGAUGGGUGAGACGGGGUUUAACUUGAUUCUCCCAAAAUGAUGGGUAAUAGUUUGUGAGCUAUAAAAAUUUCAGAUUGAAAGAAGGCCCGAUAACUUGACCGGACCAAGUAAGAGUUGAGUCAUUUAAUACCUGAUUAGUCCGUAUUCUCUGAGAAAACAUACGUCAAUAUAAAAAAAUUAUAUUUUUUUUUACCUAUUUCAAAUAAUUUUGUGUUGGAGUUUCCAUUGCUUAGAGUACUUGGAUCCAUAAAUUAACCUUAAAAUUCGUUAGGAGUAAUAAUUGGAUGUUGUUGUUGUAGAGUAUUUGAUUCCACUGCAAGGUUUUUAUUAUUUAGUUGGAAAGAUGACAUUGAAUUCUAAAACUCAUACUCUCCUAUGUGCCGAAGUAGGAAAUUCAAAAAAGUUGUAAAGAAUGUAAUUCAAAAUGUCUUCAACAAUUUUAAUGUUUACUUAUUGAACUUCUAAUAUUUAUUCAUCAUUAUCAUCACCAUUACGAUAGAGCCGCAAAGGCUCUCACCUACGGAUGGUCAGGGGGUCAAAUGUAUGUAGCCUUACCCCUGUACUAAAGUACAAAUAGACUAUUUCUGGAUGAAUCAUGGUGAAAAUCGCGUCGAAAGUUGCAUGUCUAAUAGGUUAUAUUCUAGCUACAUAUACAGAUUCAUAAAUACACGUAUAUGUUUACAUUUACAAUAUUAUGAAAUACAUCUCGUGCAACGCACGGGUGAGAUACUAGUACUCCAAAAGAAAACAAUCAUAAGACGGAGACUUAUGUUUUGUUUGGAUAAAGUGGAGUUAAGUAAACCUCGUGCAAUAAAGUAAACCUAAGUUUCAAUAAAAGUGGUUAACCUAAGUGAACCUAAGUUUACGCGUAAAAUAGUGUUUGGAAAUAAAUAAGGUAAAGCUAGGUUAAUGGAAUAAAUGUUGCUUGGAUGAAGGUACUAUAACUCAUUUUAUGGGAGUGUUUUGGUUUGUUUAAAAAAAGCGUUUUUCAACUUUUGGCUUAAAAAAAGCUGAAUAGAAUGUUUUCAAAUGACAGUUUCUGCUUAAAUUAAACACUUAAAAGCUAAAAGCUGGAAGCAAGUAGAAGGGUGCUUUAAACUGCUUUUUACUUUUUCUAUUACACAAAAAGUACUCCCUCAGUCCCUAAUAAUUUUGCCAAGUUUGACUGGCACGGGGAUUAAUAAAGUAAAAGCUGUGUGGUUGAGGUUUGUGCAGAGGAGAGAGAAUUAACUGGAACCACAAAUUCUUUACUUGAAAAGGAAAGUGGCAAAGUUAGUGGGACAUCCAAAAAAGGAAAGUUGGCAAAGUUAUAAGAGACGGAGGGAGUACUUAUUUUAUCAAACACUACAAACUUUUACUUUUUCAGAAUCACUUUUUUUUCAAACACUACCAACUUUUACUAUUAAUCACUUUUUCCAAAAUCACUUUAAAAAAUCACUUUUUUAAAGUAAGCAAUCACAAACACUCCCUAUGUUAACUGAGAACUUAACCUCCAAAACCUCCGUUUUGAAGGUUCUUUAAUUUCAUAUGUUUCUAGUUUCUCGGAAGUUAAGUAAGAUUAACCCAUAACCUAGAUUUUUUGUUACAACAACAAAAACAAACAAGGUUAACUAACAAUUAUACCUGUAAUAAUCUAAGUCAUUAAAGAGUACUCCGUACAUCUUUGAAAUAAAAGGUAUGCGGACCAUUUAAGUUGUAGCUGGUUGGAUAUAUUUCUUUAAAAGAAGUACUCCCUCCGUCCCAUUUUGGUUGUUCUACUUUCCUUUUUGGGUUGUCCCAAAAUGAAUGUCUUGUUUCCUUUUUUGGAUGAAAUAUGUGGUUCUUAUCAAUUCACUUUAUUAUACUCAAAUCUCAACCACAACUUUUACUUUUCAACCACUUUAUUAAUAAUCGUGCCAAAUUGAAAGUGGACAACCAUUAUGGGACGGAGUAGUAAACAACAAUGAUAUAUGCUCCUCCUGGCCCACCUUGAGCACAGCAUCGGCAUCAAUAAUUGUUGUUAGAUAUGCUCCUCCUGGCCCACCUUGAGCACAGCAUAGGCAGCAAUAAUUGUUGUUAGAUCAGUUCGUAUACCGUGGGAUCAUCCCACGGUGAGCAGCAUGCUCCACAUCCCAAAACGACAUAGUUUUAAUCAAAUUUAAAAAAUGCGUGAACAGUACACGCGUGUACAGUACUUUGUUUUUUAUUUUUCUCUUGUUCUAGUAACAGAAUGAUGUCACUCGCGUGUAAAGAAAUGUAACUCACAUUAAAAAGAAAUGUAACUUCAGUCAAAUUGAAGUGUAGGUUGUCUAAAACAGAAUAUAAAAAGUAAAACAUUGAUUUCAAUGUAAAUAAUGAAAAAAAGGAGUCAAUUGCCCAAUUAUGUUACAUAAAUAGUGUAUUAUCAAGGUUAUAAAAAUGAUUUUUUUUUCUCAAAACGAUUUUUCUUUGAAUAGCAAGGACUUAUUGUAUUGUCGCUAUUGUGUAACACGUAUUAUAUUCUGGUGUAACUCACGUUAUGUAAAAUGUAAAUCACAUGUAAGUGUGAUGUAACUUGCUGAGAAAAGUUGACAUGUAACUCUCGUGUUACAAUAUGUAAUGUUAGCCAAACUGAAAUGUAACUUGGGUUUAUGUGAAAUGUAACUUGAAUCCAAUAAAAAAAAUAAGCAUACAAAAGUAACUUGAGCCCAAAUAUAAUCAAAAUAAUUGAGUGGAAGAGACCAGAAUGCAUUUUCCUCAGAUUUUUAAUUAGUCAUAGGUAUGACUUAUUGUACGAAGUAUUUGUAUUGAAUCUCCGCAUGGACUAGAUGAUUGGGAUCAGAGUUUGUUGUUAUGCUGGUUUAUCUGCGCCCCUCUUGAAGCGGAGAGCAGAAAUUGACCAGAGUGGAAGAAAACCUAUUGUUUCUAAGCACAACAUAUGCAGCAGCGAAGCAAUUGCAGAUGCAGAACGGACGAGGUUGAGCAGUGAUGGAAGCACAGAGGCAGAGUAAAGGGACCUAUUAUUUCAUUGCUCCAGGCAGCUACGCAAUUACAAAGGCGGUGGGAACGAAGCGCAAAAGAGGUUUUGUAAUUUUUUUAAUAAAAAACGAUAUCGUUUUGGGAUCGGUACACCGUGAGGACGGUGCGCCGAUCCCACCAUAUAAUUUGCGUUGUUAGAUAUGCUACUCCUGGCCCAUCUUGAGCAUAGCAUCGGCAGCAAUAAUUGUUGUAGAUAUGCUCCUCCUGGCCCACCUUGAGCACUCGGCAGCAAUAAUUGUUGUAAAUAAUAAAAUGGGAAAAUCAAACUUUUAGUCAAGAAAAUGAAAUGUCGAACCCGUAUUUUCAAUUUGGAAAUGUCGUCCCUCAAUUGUCCUAAAUGCUAUAAAUGUGGUCUUUUUAGGAGUGAAAUAUACAAUGCUUGCGAGAGUUCAUUUCACCCCUUAAAGGACCACAUUUACAACAAUUUAGACAAUUGAAGGGUGACAUUUACAAUAUCAUAAAUACGGGUCUGACAUUUACAAUAUCAUAAAUAUUGGUACGGCAUUUCAUUUUCGUGAUCAUUCCCCCUAGUAAAGUACUCCGUAAUUAUUACUAUUUCCUUCUGGAAAUGAGAGUCCCAUUUCUUUUUUAUUCAAAAAUUAAGGAAGGAAGGAAGGGUUGAAAAGGUAAAAGUUGAGAUUUGAGUAGAAAAAUGUGAAAUGAUGUGGAUCACAUCUUUCUUUUCAAAAGAGGAAAUGAGACUAUCAAUUUGGGAUGACUCAGAAAAGAAAUACAGGACUAUCAUUUUGGGACGGAGGAAAUACUAUAUUUAUUACUUCUAUUGUGAGUUUAAUGCACUGAACCCUCUCGUAAUAUAGAAAGUCAACGCAUUAGCUCCUGUGAUUUGAAAAAUGCGUGAACUCUGUUGUGUUUUAAUUAAUCAUGCACAGAACCCUUUUUUUGCAUAAAUUUAACGAUUUGAAAAUAACUUUUCCUGAUAUUUUGAUUGAAUAUACAAGUAAAUAUGUCAAAAUCUCUGAAUCAUACAAAAAUGUUAAUCAUUUUUCAAAAAGGAUUUUGCACAUAACUAAUUAAAACACAGGAGGAUUUGACACAUUUUUUAAAUCACAGGGGCCAAAACGCUGAAUUUUCAUAUCACAUGGGUUUGGUGCAUUAAACCCCUUGCAGUUCAUCAAUAUCUUUCUUCUCUUCAGCCAAAAAAAAAAAAGAUAGUCCGUAUCUUUCUUCUCUACCUCGCUAGUCAUCCGUUCUUUUCUGUUCUAGCAUGUCUUACAACAUUCCUCUUAUCUCUUCACUACCAAGUUCUUUGGAUUUCAAGAUAAGGAUCAUUGGGGAUCCAACAGUCCUGCUCUUCUAUGAAGGUGUAACAACUUUCCAAUGCAAUAGUGACCAAUUUGGUCAAGUAACAGUCAAAGCGACCCCGACUUGCUAUUCACAAAACUUGAGGGCUUCGUUUCUGUUUAUUAAGAACUCAUUGUGUGGAUUACCAAAUAUCCUCAAGCCACUUCUUAUCCAUAAAGAGCAAUGGAUAAGCUAUUUCGUGUAUGAGGGUUAUGAAGAACUUUUCUCCGAGCACCACAUGACCAAAUUUUUCAUAAAGUAAGUAUUGUGAUAUUUUGUGCUAUUAAUUAGACCUAUAAUUUUAUAAAAUGUUACGAGUUGAGCUGUGGUUUAUAGGAGUAUUGUGAUAUUUUAUAAAAUGUUAAGUAAAAUCGGGAAUGGUUAUAGGAGUUUAUUGAUCGCAUAUAACUUUUUUUUUUUACUAUUUUUUAGGGAUCUGAUAGAGGUUGUGGUAUCUGUUCAAAGCAUUGUUGGUAGCCAUGGAGGGUUACAUAAAAGACAAAAUAUGUCAUUUGCACCGGACAUUGGAAACUUGAUGGUGCAACUGGGAGUCACAAUUCUUCAUCUCUGGAAAGGAUAUUGAAGAUUUAGGACAACUUCUCGAGAAUUUGUUUGGCAGUACAAAUCAUGAGUGCCACCCAUGAAUGCGAAACUUAAUCAUCAUGCUCUUAAGUCAAAGAUCACCACUGUAAGCUCACUUUUAUUUGAGUUUUACUAUUGGAGCUAAACUGUCGGAAUUGUGAAGUGUAACAAUAAUGGUCUUAUAAUUAGCUGCUGACAUCAUCAAGACAUCAAGAGUUAAUUAAUAAAUCAUGAUUUAUUUUUUCUUGAUAAUACCUUUGAAACAGGCAAAUAAGAUUGUGAAGUAUAGACUUUGGCACAAGAUUUAAUAAGAAAUUAAUAGGGGUAGGAUAAAAGGCGUAGUGGGUUGUGUGUAAAGAAAAAAAUAGGAAAGAGAAUAAAAAAGUAAGGAAGAGAAUGAGGAUAAAUGGGUAUAUUUAUUGAAAAAAAAUUACCAAAAAUGGAAAGAGAGACAAAUAAUAGAGAAUAUCCCAAAAUAGAAAGAGAGACAAAUAUUAGAGAACGGAGGGAGUAUAUACAUAGUAUUAUAUAUAUAUAUAAAUUUAUGAUCAAAUACAAAGUCAUUUUAAUUUACAAAGUGCAAAUUAAUCCUAACCAUCCAUUUCAAUGAGAUUAUAUUGAGAUUACUGUGUAUUAAUUUGGAAGUUCCCAAAAACUCUCCAUAAUUGGCUAUGUAUGUGUGUAUGUGUGUGUGUGUCUGUGUGUGCGCGCGCACGCGUG